AUGGCGCAGACAGUGAGAAGGGCUAUCGAGGGCAGAUACCCGUCUUGUUAUAUACCCAGUAGAAUAAAAGAAAGACGGGCGAAGGCCAGAGCUCUAAGGUUAGAACAACAAAGGAAACCAGACAAACCCGAAGACUUUGUUUGUUAUUCAGACAGCGAUAGUGAAGAGGAAACACCGACACAACAACAUAGAAUAUUAUCAACAUCAUACAACUUUGUUGACUAUGUUCGGUCACGGGAAUUGCAGACGUCUGAGCCUCGCUCCGUGGACCCGUCGUACGCGACGCGGCACAUGCUCACACACGACAUGUUUAGAGAAACACCGGUCAACCUCGGCAACAUGAAUAAAGUUUUCUGUUCGCAAUGGCUGUCUGAUAGACAAGUUGUCUUUGGGACUAAGUGCAAUAAGUUAAUGGUGUACGACGUUCGUCGUCGGACUUUAGACGCUAUACCGACUUUAAGACCGAGAGCGCCCUGGGCCGGCGCCGACCAACAAACGGGAAUACAUGCACUACAAAUAAAUCCUUCUAGAACAUUAUUAGCAACAGGAGCUCGGAAUUCAUGCGAAUUGGCCAUAUACAGUCUACCCACAUUGGAUCCGGUUUGCGUUGGAGAAGCACAUAAAGACUGGAUCCUCGAUAUGUGUUGGCUGGAUGACGAAUUCGUGGUGACAGGGUCCCGUGACUCCAAGUUGGCGCUGUGGCGUGCUCCCGCAGCCCCGCCGCGACAGACCAUGCACCACUACGUGGCGCCGCUCGUGGUCAAGGAGUGUCGCUCAGGUCAAAAAGUACGAGCUCUAACCUUCAACCAGAAGUGGCGGGAAAUCGCAGCACUGACUCUUAACGGCUACAUCCACGUGUUCAACGCUGAAACCUUCAGGCAAACGCUCUCGAGGAAACUACCUUCUUGUCAAGAUCUUGUCUGCUUAGCCACUCAGGAGAGCGGCGUGUACGCGAUAGGCUGCAAGUCGUACACGCUGCUGCUGGACUGCCGCACGCUGCAGUCUGUCAAGAAGAUCACGUCGCGGUACAACGGCUGCGGCAUCCGCUCCGCAAGCUUCCGAGGGAACAUGCUCACCAUCGGGACGGGGCUUGGUUUACUAAUGUUUUACGAUCUCCGCGCGGGCAAGUACCUCGAAAGCAACAUACAUUCUACCAAAACCGUCACACUCAAAGCUUCCAGGGGAUAUGUGUUCCCGGACGAGGAGGCGGACGGGUUCAACCAGGUGAAGCACGUGCCCGCCAUCUACACGCACUGCUACGACGACAGCGGCACGCGCAUCUUCACGGCGGGAGGGCCCCUCCCCGCACCUCUCAUAGGGAACUACGCCGGGCUCUGGCAGUAG